AUGAAGUACGCAUUCGUCGCUCUCGCUGCCGCGCAGCUCGUCGCCUCCCACACGACCUUCCAAAGCUUCGUCAUUGACGGCGUGGACAAGGGCCAGCACUUUGCUGUCCGCACCCCGUCCAACGGCAACAACCCCAUCAAGGAUGUUACCUCCUCGCUCAUGACCUGCAACGGCGGUACCAAGACCGACGACCAAGUCGAGGUCGCUGCUGGCUCUGAGGUCACCUUCCAAUGGCACCACAACGACCCAGCCACCACCAGCGGUGACUCUGACGAGCCCAUUGCUGCUUCCCACAAGGGUCCCGUCAUGGUCUACGUUGCCCCUGCCGCGUCCAACGGUGAGGGCGAUGUCUGGGUCAAGAUCUUCGAGGAGGGUCUUACCGACGGCACAUGGGGCGUCGACAAGUUCAUCUCCAACGCGGGCAAAAUCACUGUCACCCUCCCCGACCUCGCUGCCGGCGACUACCUGAUCCGCCCUGAGAUCAUCGCUCUCCACGAGGCCAGCCAGUCCGGCGCUGCCCAGUUCUACAACGGCUGCGGACAGAUCACUGUCACCGGUGGUUCUACCACUCUCCCAUCGGGUGUGGACAUGACCAAGGCGUACUCCGCCACUGACGCCGGUGUCCUCUUCGACAUCUACGCCGGAAAGACCACCUACCCCAUCCCCGGCCCGGCUGUCUGGGACGGUGCUAGCUCCGGCACCUCCUCUUCUGCCACUGCUUCUGUCGUUGCCAGUGCCAGCGCCACCGUUGCCCCCGUCUCCUCGUCGGCUCCCUCCACCACCGCCGCUGCCUCCACCACAGCUGCUGCUUCCACCACCGCUGCUGCUUCCGCCACCGCCACCCCCGUCAAGGAGGACACCCCCUCAUCUACCUCCGCCGCUGCCACUCCCUCCGCCACCUCCAGCACUGGCUCCAGCUCCACUCUCCCCGAGACCUUCACCAUCGCUCAGUUCAUCUCCUGGCUCCGCGAGACCACUGGCACCACCGCCAGCAAGGCCCGCCGCCACGCUCGUCAGUUCGCGUAA